CAUUCAGAUCGCAGUACGUGACAAUUUUGCCUUGUUUUCGUGUAAUAUUUCACUACGUUUCAGCUUUUAACAGACGAGCAACAUUUGCGGUGGAUCGUAGCGCUUAGAAGUGCAACUCUCGCGUCUUUGCCAACCGCUCUGAAUUUAAAAGUGUGAGGUAUUGACAGCCCACAUCGAACUUCAAGCACACGAGAUCGGGUUGUCCGAUCAUUAAAAUGGUGCACUACGCUACCUCAAUGACACAAUCAUGUUCAACGCUAAAUAGUUAUGUCUAAAUAGCUCUUUGUGCCGAACAAUUCGGUUUCAUAUUUUUCCGCCGUCGAGUGGGAUAUUAGAUAAACCGAGGAGGACCUAGUUCCAUGAAACUUUAGAGUGGUUACGAUGAAUGGAGCAGGGUCUUGAGUUUUCUGGGGGUAAAAACCAGGUCAUGUCGCUGAAGGAUACACGCUUGUCUUUAUCGGACGAUCCGCGCGUAAACGAGAAGGUGGUGAUCAACGUUGGAGGGAUAAGGCACGAGACCUACACGGGAACACUGAAAAAUAUUCCUGACACCAGAUUGUACUGGAUUACAGAAAACAAGACACAGCUACCGGAGUAUGACCCUAACGCGAACGAGUAUUUCUUUGAUCGUCAUCCAACCGUGUUUACGCAGAUUCUGAAUUUCUACCGAACUGGUAAGCUGCACUGUCCAAACGACGUCUGUGGCCCGCUUUUCGAAGAAGAACUGGCUUUCUGGGGCAUCGACGAGCUUCAAGUCGAGUCGUGUUGUUGGUUGAAUUACAAGAAACAUCGCGAAGCGCAAGCAAAUUUGGAUACCCUAGACCGAGGGCAUGAUUCAGACAGGGACUCGCUGUCAGACAUGGAUAUGACAGUCUACGGACUUGUCGCGAAUAGCAUAAGGAACAGGAAUCGUUCUUUUUGGAAGAAAUACCAACCUAAAGUUUGGACCACGUUUGAGGAACCUUACUCGUCUAUUCUUGCUCAGGUUUGUGCUUUGUUUAUACAAGAUUGCAAAAUGUGAUUCCGAUUUUGAAUAACUAUUGUUAAUAUUGCUUAAUUUUUACACGAGUCCUUAAAUCAUAUACAAAAUAGAAACCCCACUUCGACGCGCAUUUUUCAAUUCCGUUAUUGGGCCAUUUUACUCAUAGAAAAAUUAAAUUUGGCGCAGCAGAAAGGGUUUUAACUAUACAAGGAAUCAGUUUUCGCAGGCAAGGUCAGUCUUUGUUUUGGUUUCUAGGAGACAUUAACGCGGUAAACGUUUUAGAGAAGCGCUUGAUGAUCGCUUGCUUUACACGAUAUUUAAGUGCAACUCGCAGCUUCGUAUUAAAACCGACCAGCUGAUCUUUUUGUUCUUGGUACAAUUUUCUCAGCUUACGUUCCCGUUAAUUGUCUGAAUAUGUAAGUUAAAUUCAGUCUCUGUCAUCCCUGUCAACGUUAGCGUCGAUUUUUUUUGUUUUGUUUUUUGUUUUUACUUUAUCAGCGAAGAAAGCGCAAAUUUGAGAUUGCUGUUUAAUGUUAAUCACGAGCAAACAAGUAAUCCUAUACGUACACACUGUUUAUUUCAGAUCAAUUUGCUCUGUCCAAAGACCCCUUCGCCUCUCAGUUUUCUUUUUCUUUGUGCAGCUACUCAAAAAUUAAGGCGAGCGUAGUAAAAAAAGCCAUAGUAACAGCCCAUAUCAUUUUGCGACCACAUAGGGCAAAGUAAAACCUCGAUCUUCGAAACUUCGCAGCAGGUGAUUUUAACGUAGCCAUGCACGCCAAAAGAAAAUUAAUUUCGCAUUGAGGAUUAGCAUGUUUUAUCUCAAUUUUCCUGAAUCAAACAGAUAUGCGUAGUUCAUGGCCUUACCCGUGUUUCAUUCAAACUUAAUGGAAAUUGAUGUUAAAUUGUUGAUGUCUUGCACAAUAGAGAAUGCUCCAUGUUAUAGAUAAACCUUGCCUUAAAUCGACCGCUUCAUUAACCGGCGGUCGAUCGCUUCUUAUUUUAUUGCUUCUGAAAAUUUUCAGUAAUUUUAUUAUUUUGGAAUAAAGAGUUUCCGACGUUUACCAAACUGGCCGCAAAAUGACCGAUAGUUAAGAUAUAUAUUUCGAUCUAUCUUAAAAUCAAUUAUCGUUUUUUAGCACGAAAUAAGAUCCCUAGGACACGCAUGCGUGCUUAUCAACCGGCCAACCUCCACUGAAAUUCAACUCUAGUUCUGUCUCCGCGAUUAUUAAAAACAAAGAAUUAACAUGUCUCAUCGAGCACUGUUUAGUGCGGGAAGCACUUAAAAAAUGAACAAAACUGGCACCUUGUAUGUCUGCCUACGCUUUUUUAACUCCAUGUAAAAGCCGAAAUGUAGAAUUAGCGAGAAAUUCGAACUUAUAUUGAACUUGUAAAUUUAUAUAUUGACAUUGUUUAUUAUUUUUCUUUAAACUUAUCUUUAUAGAUUGCACAAGUUUUGGUUUAUGCCUUAUUUGACUCUUCUAACGAGAUGACGGAAGCAAAUCACGUUUUAUUUUUAAGUUUCUUUCGUUCUGACAAAUAUAACAAAAAAUGUCGUACUGAAUACUACAAAUUCUGACAAACUCAUCUCAUGACAGAAACCAUUAAUAAAAUAUAUUUGUCUUAAUAUUAUUUUCUGUAUGCGCCAAAACAUCUUAUUAUUAGAACAGUUAAGUCGCUCGAUUUCUUCAUUGGCAGCAUUUUCACCUUGUUGCUACCUUGUCGCAGUGGUUUGGGUAAACGUUUCAAAACUAGCAAAACCCAACCAUCGUAACCGCGUCAAAUCUCGUCUGACUUUUUUAAGUACGAACCAUUUGGGGCGAACUAAUGGUCAAUUCCUCUCUGUAAAUUGCACUUUUAAAUGACACGUAAUUCUUUGCCGGCGGCUAUUUUGGUAUUUUCUGCGACUAAUUUUGCAACUCUAAAUCAGCAUCACAGAAAAUUGUUCUUACUUUCGAGUCUGUGGAGGAAGUUUCACAAUGCGACCAUUAUAAUAAAAAACCUUGUUUCGAAGCUGUACCUUUUCCCGGUAAUAUUGUUUUUAAAAUUUAUUUUUCACUUAUUUACGAAGAUAAAAUAGGGAAUUUUUUCCUUGAAUUAAAUUAUCGUGCCAAAUUGGAGCAAAAGGUUUAAAUGAAAAUAAUACAUAGUCGGAGCCAAAUUUUAUAAAAUGAACACGAGUCGAGGUGUUAACCUAUAGAAAACAUACAAAAACAUAUUACGCAAUCAGUCAUCUAUCGGGUACAAAUGUAUCCUGAUUUCGUCAACUGGUUUAACAAACUUUGAUCUCUUGGAGUCUCAUUGCAAUUCGCACGUACUUAGCUUUUUUUAUUCAGCUUCCUCUGUUUGAAGUGGUAAAUUUUCUGACCCCGAAAUCUGCGUUUUUGGGCACUAAGAACGUUUUCUGCUGUCCUGUGUUAGACUAUAGAAAAAUUGUUUUCUUUGACGCUGCCAGCAGACACCUUGAGAGGCGAUAAGAGGAGUGUUUUAACAGCUGUCCAGCAGCUGAUUCCCGAAAAUCCCUUCUUGGUUUUAGUUCUUUUUUCUGUGUUUCUUUUUGUAUUAACAAUAGGAUUUGCAAAUUUAGGCUGUAAUCGUACCAUCAACAACUUUCAUUCGCGUUUUAAUUAAAUUUCGUAGCGUUUUUUUGCAUUUUUAAAAAUCCCUUCUUUGCUUUAAAAUCCUUCUUUUCUUUAUCUUCCUCUAUUAUUUAUAGAAUUUACAAUUCCUUUCGGUUCUCGUCGCAAUCUUGCUUUUUAACUGAAUUUGACUAGGUCGUUUUUAUUUACUUAACCAAACCAGCGCACUGAUCUUAUCCUAGUAUCUGAGAUUAGUAAGAGACCCAACGCGCCCAGUUCUGCACGACAACUAAGUGAAACGAAUUAGGGACAUAAGGCCACUUAAUACAAGCUGAUCCGUGUAAUAAAGUUAUUCAUCCGUUCAUUUCAUUCGUUCGUUCGUUAAUUCAUUUAUUCGUUCCUUCAAAACUGUGUUUGACGGUGACGACAGUAUAAGGAUUUGCUGCUAAAAGGAUUAUUAGAUUCUCCAGUCAGGUCACUAAGUCAUAAAAUCAUCAGUUAUAAAGUUCAUAAAAUCCUCCAUCUCUUUGAAGAGAUUUUCUUUUGUUUUUAAAAUUCAUAAUAGGUUUCUUUUCUUUUCUUUUUUUAGAUUAUUGCCUUCACGACUUUGAUCCUAAUACUAAUAUCCGUGAUUACAUUUUGCUUGGAGAGUGUUCCUUACUUUCAAGACCAGUCUUCAUCUCAGUACAAAGCCCUUUACUAUGCUGAUAUCAUCUGUGUAGCUUGGUUUACCCUGGAGUUUGUUAUUCGGUUGAUUUUCUGCCCAAAGAAACUCCAGUUUUUCAAAAAGCCUAUGAACUGGAUAGACUUCGGCGCCAUUGUACCAUUCUAUCUUAACCUUUUUAUCAGCCAGUCGGAUAUCAAGACUAUGGUGGUCCUACGAGUUGUCAGACUCAUUCGCAUUUUCCGUAUUUUCAAACUGUCGCGUCAUUCCUACGGGCUUCAAAUCCUGGGGCACACUCUGAAGUCCAGCUUUAGUGAGCUGUUCCUUCUUGCAUUCUUCCUUAGUAUAGGUGUAGUCAUUUUCUCAAGUAUCAUAUAUUACGCCGAAAAAGAUAGACCCUCUACUAAAUUCACAACAAUUCCCGCCUCGUUUUGGUGGGCCGUCGUUACCAUGACAACUUUGGGCUAUGGUGACAUGACACCAGAGACAUGGGAAGGAAAGAUCGUGGGCUCGUUUUGCGCAAUCAGCGGUGUCCUUAUGAUUGCACUUCCAGUUCCGGUGAUCGUCAGCAACUUUUCGCUGUAUUACUCCCACGCAAAAGCGAGGCUAAAACUUCCAAAGAGAAAGAGACCACUUAUCAUUGGUGCAGCAAAUGCUCUGAAGGUUGCUCAGUCAUUUGUUACGCAAAGUAGUCCAAACUUGUCCAAAGAGGUUGUGGAUCAAGUCGAAGGUGAAGGUCAAAAUAAUUUCGACACAGAAGACCAGCGCCGUGAGAGCAGAACGCGGCCCUCUCCUCACCCGAGUUUCCGUUCAACCCCAAGGGGGAGUCCCAUGGGAAGACGAAAGCUUCAGAGUCCAAGUACAGUAAUCAGCCCUCCCUCUCCAAGAAGUUCGCUUUUCACCCCACAGUUGGCUGUGAGUCGUCCCAGUUUGCUGGCAGUACCAGAGGACGGAAGAAUCGAAAUUGAAAUGGAAUCGCGAAGACCUUCAUACACAGUGGAAAUCGAGAGAGCUGGAUUGCCUUCUUCAGUUACGGAGAAAGAGUCCCAGCAGCCUUCGCCCUCGGGGAGCAAAGGUUCUUCUCAAACAUGUGAAACAUCUUCUGCAAAAGCACUACUGAGCCCGAAAAGGAGCGAUCCUGACAAUGCCACUUCAGAAGCUAAAAGCAUGCCUGAAAGCAGACAGAGAAGUACAUCGUCUGCCAAGUCAGUGUCAGUUGACUCAUCACAAGGCUCACCCAAAUUGAAGGGAAGAAUGGGACGCCGCGGCAGCUUGUAUGUAGUUGGAUUUACAGCAAAACACUGGCAGAACAAGGCAUUAAAAAAGAACAAGACGGCCCAGACUGAUCCGGCCUCACGGAGGGCCUCUGCAGUUCCUGCAACUGACAGAAGGGGUUCUACCGCAUGCAGCGUUGUUACAAAUGGAACCCGGAAACAAGUCAGUAGUAUCGGCACUGACCCCGAUGUUUCUCUUUCUGAAAAAGUAUCUCGUUUGGACUCACCACAAACAGAUUUGCCAAGAGCAGAAAUAACAAAAGAUGGUCAGAAUGAGGGUGCCUUGACUUCCGUUCAAGGAAACAGCAACGGAAGUGUCAUCAGUGAACGUCAUGAUACAAGUACCCAGACGAGGGGAGGUAAUCUAAGCCGCGUAAACGAUAAAACGCGCUUACGAACUUCACCAAUUAACUCUGGUAAGAUGCGAGAUGCUUAUCGAAACGCUAAAACGAACCUAACAUCUGUAUCCAUAGAAAGCAACGACUCCAGUUCAAGAAUGUCAGACGACUCCCUAACAGUAAACGACCACCAUCGACAGCGCCGUGGUUCCUCUCCUUUGGUCCGACAAAAGGCCGUAUUUACUUUUGAUAUGUCUGAUAAACUUGUACAGGUAGACCCGUGUGCUGGGGGCUACGCCAAUUUUGCUGCAAAACGUGGUACAUCUGUGGGACGAUCUUACGAGGAUAGCGGAUUUUCCCUGUCGCCGCUUAUUGAACAAUCAAACGAAAUGGGUGCCGAAAACGAGAUAUCACUGUCGAGGAAGCAGAUGGAAACGCGAAGGAAGUCGUGUAUUCCUGCAAUAGCAACAGAGUUUAAAAUUUCUGGCAAGAAAAGCAAAUCUCAGGGAAUGACAUCAAAUGGAUACAUCAACGGCUCCUAUCACCAUGACGAAGAAGACAAAAUGGCCAGUGAAAGACGUUUAUCUCCAAGCGUGAACAGCGUUACAGGGAAUUACAAUACGAUGCUUAUUAAUCCAGAGUCGUCCAGGAGACGAAGUGAUACUUAUCCAGUGCAUCUUGCUUUAGGAGGAGAUUCUUAUUCAUCAGCUGUGUUCUCUAGUCAAGGCUCACCCUACUACACAGAAGCUAAAUCGUUUGGACAGUACCCGGCGCCGCCUCAUAUAGAACUGACGUCGACUUCCGACUUGGAUUUACCGGCCGUGAGUGAGGACCACCAUGUUGGCACCAAACAACUCGCAAGGGGGGCAGGUCGACUUCAAGCACCACCAGUACUCCCGCGCCCCAAUUCCCUGCCGAGCUGGAGUGGGGAUUUUGUUCGACCGGUCGUGGUGCAUCGCCCGUACAGUGAUUCCGUGUACAUGAACCACAGAGGGGCAUAUUCUUUUCCGUCAAACAUUGAACGACUCUCCAGCGCCUCGCUGGGGAGCAUUCAACAACCCCUAAGUAUUCCUCAGUACAUUUCCCCCGAAGUAACCCGCACUAAUUAUCUGGGGCAACCUGUGAGGCGGAAUACGUUCAGUUCAUUUGAAGAACAAAGAGCUCUUAGCGAGGUGGACGUAAACGACGGCUUGAGCCAAAGGCGUCCAGGACAGGUGCUUUAUGUUCACGUACCGCAAACCGUUUCUGACACUGGUAAUCCCGUGUUGCUAAAUGACCGUGACAGAUUCCCCGAAGUUUCACGCAAAGAGAAGUCGCGGUCCUUAGGUACAACCAGUGAACAAGUCCUUUCACCGCUUUAUUUUUAUAGGAACGAGUCCAUUUCUAGUCCAGAUUUGCAUUCCGUGAAUGGCUCACUCACAUCUGACAGGCUUCAUUCAACUCUGUCCGAUAGCUGGUCUCAACCGCCGGACAACUUUUCUAAAAACAGAACAGUUGAAGAGUCUAAAGUCAACGACCAACGUGCCUUUGUAAAAAACCUCGGUACUACGUCUUUCAGCGGUCAGGAUCCCCAAGCAAGGACAUCUUCUCAAAGUGAUUUUUCGGUGCAUUCAACAGGACAAAUCGGAAAUGAAUCGGCUCAAGAUCGACCUUCCUCGUACGGACGAGAAAACGGCCAUCCCGAGGGAUUCGAAAACGGUCGCGGCAAGAACGCGUUUUCAACACGACCUGAACGAACAGACAGGCAAGUGUUGUGCAACGGGCAUGAGUUUCUACAGCAAAGGGAUAGCUCAAACAGGCAUACUGCUCUGCCUGUUUCUAACCGUCAGCGGGCUCGUGCGAUGUUUGUUGGCGAUUCGGGAAUUGAUAGUGUGAACAGCAGCACAACCUCCAUGACCCAUUCACUGGAGUUAGAUGGAGAUGGUGCUAAAGAGCGCCGAGAAAGCGUGACUGGACAUCCCAGUAACACAAGAGUCGACAUUUUGAAUCCAAUUGACGAAAGUGAAACUGAAGUCUCGGAGUCAGCAGAUGGUGCGCGAGACUCGAAAACGACGCCUGCGCGGUCCACGAACGUGGACUUCAACAUGAAAAAGCAAGUUGUGUUGAGUAAAGCGAAGAUAAAUGGAAACCGCAUGAGUGAUAUUUUAAGCAACUCAAGCCUUUAUGAGUCGAGUUUAGUAUAAACCAUUUUGCAAAAUUUACAGACGAGACAAAUAACUUAAGCGCAUGCGCUAUGUAAAAGCAGGUUCUUUUACGUUUUUCUCCUAGUGAGAAGAUAGAUUACGCUGUUUCUAUAAAGGUCCAUUGAUUUAUCUUCCUUGUGCCGAUUUUUUUCCUAUAGACAGAGUCCCAGGUUUUUCUCCUUUUUCCUCCUUUUUUAAUCGGA